AUGUUUUUCGAUGGAGCAUCAAAUUCCAAAGGAGUUGGAAUAGGAGCGGUUUUGAUUUCAGAAAAGGGUCAAUAUUACCCAAUUUCAGCCAAGAUUAGGUUUGAUUGCACCAAUAACAUGGCAGAGUAUGAAGCUUGUAUUCUCGGACUUAGAAUGGCCAUAGACAUGAACGUCAAAGAGCUUUUGGUCAUAGGUGAUUCUGAUUUAUUGGUUCAUCAGGUGCUAGGAGAAUGGGCUACUAAGAAUGUGAAAAUCCUUCCUUAUUUGCAUUGCAUAAAGGGGUUGAGUAGGAAAUUCACAAGUAUUGAAUUCAAACAUGUCCCUCGAGCUCAAAAUGAAUUUGCCGAUGCUUUGGCGACAAUAUCCUCUAUGAUUCAACAUCCAGACAAGAAUUACAUCGACCCUAUCAAAGUAAAAUUACAUGAUAGACAUGCGUAUUGUUUUCAUGUUGUUGAGGAAAUGGAUGGAAGACCAUGGUACUAUGACAUCAAGAGAUUGAUAGAGGCACAUGAAUACCCUGAAAAUGCCACGAGCAAGUUGAAACGGACUUUAAGAAAGAUGGCCAAUCAUUUCUUUCUUAAUGGAGAAAUUUUGUAUAUGAGGACUCCAAAUUUAGGAUUGCUGAGAUGUGUUGACGCCAAGAAAGCGAUGAGACUUUUAGAAGAAAUAUAUGCAGGAACAUGUGGACCUCAUAUGAAUGGGUUCACUCUAGCUAAGAAGAUCUUAAGAGCUGGAUAUUUUUGGAUGACCAUGGAGAGAGAUAGCAUUCGAUACGUGCAGAAGUGUCAUCAAUGCCAAGUGCAUGGAGAUUUUAUACGAGUUCCACCAAAUGAGCUCAAUAUUAUGGGUUCCCCAUGGCCAUUUUCCGCUUGGGGCAUGGAUGUAAUUGGACCCAUAGAGCCUCCUGCAUCAAAUGGACAUCGUUUCAUCCUUGUGGCUAUUGAUUAUUUUACAAAAUGGGUCGAAGCUUCGACAUAUAAGGCAGUAACUAAGAAAGUCGUGGCAGAUUUUGUUCGUAACAAUAUCAUUUGUCGAUUUGGGAUUCCAGAAUCAAUUAUAACAGAUAAUGCGGCCAAUCUCAAUAGCGAUCUUAUAAAGGAAAUUUGUGAGCGAUUCAAGAUUGCUCAUCGAAAUUCCACAACUUAUCGGCCACAGAUGAAUGGAGCAGUUGAAGCAGCAAACAAGAACAUCAAGAAGAUUUUGAGGAAAAUAGUGGAUGAAGCAGUAAUACCUGCUGAAGUGGAAAUACCAUCUUUAAGGAUUAUUCAAGAGGUCGGUUUAGAUGAUGCAGAAUGGAUUCACAGCAGGAUUGAACAGUUGAUGCUCAUUGAUGAGAAAAGAAUGGAUGCAUUUUACACCGCCGGAUACAGGCGUUACUUUACAAUCUCUACACCGCCGGAUAUAGGUGUUACAUUACAGUUUUACAUCGCCGGAUACAAGCGUUACAUUACAAUCUCUACACCGCCGGAUACAGGCGUUACAUUACAGUUUUACACCACCGGAUACAGGCGUUACAUCUACAAGUUUUACACCGCCAGAUACAGAUGUUACAUUUACAAGUUUUACAUCGCCGGAUACAGGCAUUACAUUUACAAGCUCUACACCGCCGGAUGCAGGCGUUUACAUUACUAUCACUCCACUAGACGGAGGACACCACAUUACUACAUGGAACUCCCAUUAAGCAACAAACUAGAGCAAGCUAAUGGAAUGACAAGCAUCCCUAGCUACGCCAAGGAUUCUCUGUCGAAACUCAACUAUACGCGAUUCUUCAAGUUUUGGAUUUGA